CAGCGACUCGCACACCUGGUUAACUGUAAACGACGGAGUUGACCCAGUCUCGACCACCCCCCCCUAGGAUUUGCACAAUUAGACCUGCACAGAUGAAAGACGAAACCAGCAACACACAACGCAUGCUGCCUUCUCCCCAUGACGCCAUGCGGACAGCGCCAUGCCGCACCUUGCCAAGCAUGGAUCAGUUGAUUGCACGCUCGCCCAACCAAGGCACUUCUCCACAUCACGCAACCAGCACCUCAUCGACACCGCUUUAUGCGCAUUCGCCAACGGCUAAUGCAGGUCCCGCCGAAUACCCCAAGCCCCACACGUACACUUACAGCAAGCACCCCCAUCCUUCAGGUGUGCCGACCUUCCCCGACGACCAGCACCGACGCGACCCUUUCUUGCGAGCGUCGCCGUACCCGAACGACCAAUACCAUUACGAGCAUCACAUCCCUCGACAAGCGUAUGGCAACAUGCAACCACCACCCCAGCAUAAUCCCUACUCCCACCCACGCCACCACCAGUAUGCCACCUCGACAACGUCGUCGUACCCUGGUCACUUUGCUCAUUACGAAGACCAACACGCAUCUUCUUCGAUGCUGGAAGGUGCGGGUCGUCGAGACUUUCAACCGCCGAGGGGGCGACAUGGCGACGACCGGUAUGGAGCUCCUCAGCAUCUUCAUGGGCCCGCGCACGGUCGCAUGCACCCUGGAAUGUAUCCCGACGACCCGUCCAAGGAUCCUUCGUCGGCUGCGCUGCACGGAGGCGCCGAUCUGAAAGACGCGAAAAAGCGCGAACGAUGGACACAGGAUGAACAUGCGCGGUUCAUGGAAGGGCUCAACAUGUACGGUCGAAAAUGGAAAAAGAUUCAAACGCAUGUCAAGACCAAGACAGCUGUGCAGGUGCGCACGCAUGCGUACGGGUACUUUGCCAAACUUUUGCGCAACAUGCCCGAGGACGACGUGAUUUGGGGCGCCGCGGAAGAGCUGACGUCGCUCCCCAGCGCCGUGCUCAAGGGCCCUGGUAGCGGCAAACGCCGCGUGGAACCCAUGACUGGACGGGACGGCAUGGACGUGCUUCGGAAAUUUGUCUUUUCAAAGCGGAAACAGGUCAACGAUGACGGCAAAGGCAAGGCCUCGUCCGACGACGAUGACGACACGACAGCUUGUACUGCCGCCACCCCAACGGUCGCAUCGAGCGACAAUGCGUCGGCUUCGUCCGUGGGAGACGACGACGACGACGAAGACAUGGAACAUAGCGAUAGAACGAUGAGGACGACGGCAGCGACCAUCUUGUCCGUGGCCAGAGGCGGGCGAAGCAACAUCUCAUCUCCUUCGUCCGCCAAGGAAGCGUCAAACCUCAUGCGGGAGGUCGUGCUCUCUAGUCCCACGAUCAACCCGAUGAAAUCCUACCAGAUGGCGUCCAUGGAGCAAGCAGACAUGACUCCAACCUGAUGGAAGAAUGAACCCCCGCCGUCCAACGUAGGUAGUAUGUACUGUAGAAGCAACCGUGGAAGGACGAACGAUAACGAUAGUUAAAUGUGUCGCGUGCUGUGUGCUUUA